AUGCCAAUAUCUAUCUAUCUAUCUAUCUAUCUAUCUAUCUAUCUAAUCACUUUUAAGCUUCGAAAAGUAUUCUUCACUUUAUUUUCUUGCUAUACACCGUCUAUUUUAUCUCUCUUACCACCCAUCCUUUUCUCUGCAUGUACCUUCUCUCUUCUUUCUUCUAGGUUUUUUUUUCUUCUCUUCCUCUUGACUUUUCAUUUUUACUCUUACUUACACCUUUUCUUCUUUUUCUCGCUUCACUUACUCUCAAUCCGUUUAUUUUCUCCCUACUUUAUUUCAGUAUUUCCCUCUUUCUUCUCACUCUCAUUCUCUCCUGACACUUUUUUCUUAAAUCCCCUUCACCUUCUUAUAACCCAACCUCUUUUUGUUCUUUGCAUCUCUCCCCCUUACUCUCCUUUCUUGCUUUACAAAUCGUCCUCCUUACUCUCCCUUUUCCAACAAGUCUUUACUCUCCUUUAUUACUCUUCCGACACUUACUCCUUACUCUCCUUUCUAGCAUAUUUUUACUACUCUCCUCUGUCGCUCUUCCUCCUCUUUUAUCCCUCCCUUAUCGAGGCCACUGUCGCAAGAUAA